AUGGAUAAGAAACCAAGUGCAACUAAUCAACAACAACGUACUAUUCGAAAAACUUCACCACAAAAUUUAACUAUGGGAAAAACAAAACGACGUUAUUCACAGCAAUCAAAAAUUUUUUCUACACCACAAGAACCAACAUUCUUUGUAUUUGAACAUUUAAAUACAACUAGCCGUUUAAAACAUCGAAAUAAUACAUCAUUUCGACCACUUGCUACAUCAACACCAUAUGAGAUCGAACAAUCACAUUCAUUCAAUAGCGAUUCUCCACAUUCAUUUAUGAAAUAUCAACGACCAUUAUUAACUUCACCUGUUUGUUGUAGUACACCAAAACAAAUUCGUCGUCAACCUAUAACAUCAUCAAUUAAACGAAAAUUACCAAUUGUUAUAUCACAACGUCGAUUACAAUUUACAACAAAUUCACAAUCAUUUAUUCGAUAUACAAAAGAUGAAAGUAAACGAAUGACUAUGAAAAAUGUUAAAAUAUGGCUUGUAUAA